CGAAGCGUAAAUGCAUCCCUAUAUUUUAUCGCUUAUAUUAUUACUAUUUUCCUCCACUCUCAGGGCUCUCUACUCCGAACCUCUUUUUGAGAGAGGAAAAAAAAAAAAAAAAAAAAAACCCAAAGCAGAUAACCAUGUGCCCCACUAAGCAAAAGCACAGGAGCUCUGGCGCCGAGUCCACGGCCGGAGACACCGACUGGAUCGCGGAGUCUGUCAAUGGAGGAUCUCUACGCCACGUGGACCUCCACACCGGAACCAACGGCUGGGCCUCCCCUCCCGGCAAUCUCUUCUCUCUCCGAGCCAAGAAUUACUUCACGAAACGACAAAAAUCCCCCGCCGGAGAGUAUCUCCUCUCCCCCGCCGGCAUGGACUGGCUCAAGUCCAGUACUAAACUCGACAAUGUACUCGCGCGUCCGGACAACCGCGUGGCCCACGCGCUCCGGAAAUCCCAAGCCCUAGGGAAGUCUUUGAAGAGCUUCAUCUUCGCCGUGAAUCUCCAGGUCCCGGGGAAGGACCAGCACAGCGCCGUAUUCUACUUCGCGACGGAGGAUCCGAUCCCCGCGGGCUCGCUCCUCCACCGGUUCGUCAACGGCGACGACUCGUUCAGGAACCAGCGGUUCAAGAUUGUGAACCGAAUCGUCAAAGGGCCGUGGAUCGUGAAGAAGGCGGUGGGGAAUUACAGCGCGUGUUUGCUUGGGAAGGCCUUGACGUGCAAUUACCAUAGAGGUCCGAACUAUCUGGAGAUUGACGUCGACAUCGGGAGCUCUGCGAUCGCGAGCGCGAUUUUGCACUUGGCGUUGGGAUACGUGACGAGCGUGACGAUCGAUAUGGGGUUUCUGGUGGAGUCGCAGGCGGAGGACGAGCUCCCGGAGAGGCUUGUCGGCGCGGUUAGGGUUUGCCAGAUGGAGAUGUCGUCCGCGACCGUAAUCGACGCGCCCCACGCGCCGAACGUCGUGCGUGGGGUCGCAAAAGUAAAUCAUCACAAGUCCGGCGACGAUGACGACGACUGAAGCUUUUCAACCUGCGGUAGAUUUUUAUUUGUUCAUCUUUUUUUUUUUUUUUUUUUGGGAUUAUUUCCGCUUUAUCGUGAUUGUUAAUUUUAGUUCCCUUUUAAUGGGGAUUAACGGUGGAUACUUGAACGGACGGUGGUGGAUGAUGUUUGGUGUAGAUAAUAAAAUUGUAACACAACAAAAUGACGAUAUGCUGCGGAAUUUCAUUUUCA